CGGAGCGUACGUGUUGACCUUGGUAGACUGGUAUUCUGCGGCCUAUACGCUUCCAGCCAUCGCCUUUAUGGAGGUUGCCAUCAUCAGUUGGAUUUAUGGUGUCGAUCGUUUGAUGUCUGAUAUCCGCAUGAUGCUGGGAUUUACUCCAUCGAUCGUCAUCAAAAUAUCGUGGAAAUUUAUCGCCCCGACGAUUAUAUUGUCACUGUGGCUUUUAAGCUACAUCAAGUAUGAGGCUGUCCGGUAUGCAGGGCAGUACUAUCCUGCCUGGGGUGAAACUAUUGGCUGGUUGCUCAUGGUUAUCGUGCUGAUUCCCAUCCCAGGUGGCGCUGUCAUAAAGCUGCUCUCUCAGACAGGAAGUGUGGCUGAGAGAUACCGUGCGGCCACCACACCGAGUUCUCUGUGGGUUCCUGCAAUUUACAAAGAAGAUGAAGAAGAGAGGAAAUCUUUACGAGAACGGGUGUACGGUGAUGUGUUACAGCUAAAUGAUGAACGGGCACACGAUGAUGUGUUACGGCUAAAUGAUGAACGGGUAUCUUUGGAGGUUCACUCGAGUGUGUGACUGACGCUUGACUGUUCAGGAGAUAAAUUUGUAUCGUCCAGGGUUCCCGCGGUCAUUAAAAACCUGGAAAAGUUUUGAAAUUUGCAAAACACUUUUCAAGGGCCUUGAACAUUUUGGUUAAAACUGAAAAGUCAUGGAAAAGUUUAGAAAUUUCCGCAUCGGCCGAGAUAUUUUCGAUCAUGCUUAUCAGAGAGCGAGCGAUCACUUCCUGUCGCAUAGCGUGCAGAGUUACUUUUCUUGAAUGGGCACAACGUGAUUUCAGGACAAUAUUGCUAGCUAGACUAGUUUUUACGCUUCAUGUUAAAGGAAUGCUAAAACAAGGCUUUUAACCUGGUAUGCAUA